AUGGCCAAUCAACAUUUCAUCGCUGAUCAACAGCAUUGCUAAAUAAAAAUGGACAGUUUGGAUAUUUAAGCGUUAACAUCAGAGGUUAGCCAAGGGACACAUACAUCGGUCUCAUACCGUGAUGUGUCCUGAUGUGCUGUGUUAGUUGUGUCGAUAUGUUUUGGUGCCAUAUAAAUAAUGUGACGAAGUUGUCAUAAAAUUGAACAACUAUUUAGGCAGAGGGACGCGCGUUCUGGAGGACAUUGGCGAUCCUGUGGAUGGACUAUUUGCUAUAGUCUUGAUCUGUACCGGGACUUUACAAGGAAGGCAAUACUGAUCAACACCUGUGUUUGUAGAUCGCAUUGAUUCGGCACUAAUAGUCAAUCUGUCAGAGAUGCAGACCUUUGUGAAAGGAAAGAGAGUUGGAUACUGGCUCAGUGAGAAGAAAAUUAAAAAACUCAAUUUCCAGACUUUCGUGGACAUGUGCAGGAAACAAGGGAUAGAGAUGAUCCAGCUGGAUCUGACCCAGCCAAUAGAAAAGCAGGGUCCAUUUGAUGUCAUCAUCCAUAAGCUGACUGACCACAUUGUUGAUGCUGACCAGAAUGUCACAGAGUCCAAAUUACUCAUACAAGGUGUUCAGGACUACAUAGACACUCACCCUGAAACUGUAAUUCUGGAUCCUCUUCCGGCCAUACGUACCCUGCUGGACAGAUGCAAGUCAUACAAGCUUAUCCAUAAAAUUGAAGACUCCAUGCAAGAUGACAGGAUCUGCUCUCCUCCCUUCAUUGUGCUCAAGAGUGAAUGUAGAGCAGAGACCCUGGAGCAGCUUCCCAAAGAUGGAAUAACAUUUCCUUUCAUUUGCAAAACUCAAGUAGCUCAUGGCAUCAACUCCCAUGAGAUGGCCAUCAUCUUUAGUGAAGAAGAUCUGAAAGACAUCAAGCCCCCAUGUGUAAUCCAGAGCUUCAUUAACCAUAAUGCAGUGCUGUAUAAGGUGUUCGUAGUGGGAGAGGCUUACAGCGUGGUUCAGCGGCCUUCAAUUAGAAAUUUUCCUUCUGGACCCACAGACAGGAGAUCUAUAUCCUUCAACAGUCACCAUGUGUCCAAACCAGAGUCGUCUUCUCAUCUGACCUAUAGGGACAACAUGGAGGGUCAGUACUGGGAACCGAACAAUGACGUCAUUCAAAAAAUCUCCAAAAGGUUACGAGAGGCUCUCGGCAUUUCUCUGUUUGGGAUUGACAUCAUUAUCAACAACCAGACGGGCCAGCACGCCGUCAUCGAUAUCAAUGCUUUUCCUGGUUAUGAGGGAGUCCCGGAGUUUUUUGAUGACCUGCUGAAGCACAUCACCAGCGUCCUGCAGAGUCAGGCGUCUAAGGGAGCGUCAUGCGGUCAUCCGAAAGCGAACGGAAUAACGCAGAAUCCAUCCGUGGCCAGUGGGAAGCUGGGAAAUGAAAGCAAUUGCUGGUUGAUGGACAGCGAGGGAAUGAAAAGAGACUCCCAUAAGGGACUGAGUUGCUGCGGGGCUUGCAGGGCUCCAAAGUUUCACCAGCAUGCUAGAUCGAGUUUAUCAGCACCUGAGACUUCGUCACAGUGACACUGUGGCCCAAACAGAUUAUAUAAUUACCAUACAAACCCUCAUUUAAUGAUGUUGAUUUAUCAAUUUUUUUUUAUGUGAAUGUUGACCAUGAUUUAAUGUGUUGUGAUUGUUUGAUUAAUUUAAAUGAAUGUUUGAAGGGGAAACCUAAUUUAAGAAAUAUACAUUAUAUCCAAACGUAUUGGGACGCUCCCUUCUAAUAAACAUGUUUUAUUUAUUCUAGUAAUUCAUAUCAAAACAAAUAUUAAUGCUAUACUAUACAAGUUUUGUAAGGGCCUUUAUCUGUUUUGAAAUGACUGUAACUCUGUGUACAAGUCAUUGAUGGGUUUGGGUGAUGAGUGUUUGGCUCAUAGCCUGCAAGUCAUACCAAAACUGUUCAGCUGGGUUUAGGUCUGGGCUUUAUGCAGACCAGUCAAGUUCUUCCACACCAGAUUGAAUCAAUCAUUUCAUUUUGAACCUCAUUUUGUGCAUGGUGCAUUGUCAUGUUAGAAUAAGAUUAACAUUUAUAAAACACAAAUGAUCUUGAACUUGAGCAGUUUCAGAUCCUCACCUUUAAACGAAGCCUAAUAAAUGUCACAGACAUAUAAAAGAGUGCUUGUCAAUGUUUAAACCCAAUUUCGAGCAACAAAAACCUGCAGCAAUCAGACAAGCAAAAGUGCGUACGUCUGCUCAGAUCCUGUUUUUAUAAGUCCUGCAAAGACAGUUUUUAUAAAUAUGGACUUAUCCGUGGAUUUUUGUGUACGCACACUUUAUGAUCAAACCUGUGCAUAACACGCUUUAUAAAUGAGGCCCCAGACCUGAUGACUUUGGUGUGGAUCCGGUGCGGGUCAGGCCCACAGUCGUUUGGUGUCUAGGAUAACGUUUGAAGCACACACAUUUCAGGAAUAUCAUUAUAUGCUGUAGCAUUGAGAUUUGUGUUCAGUGAAAUGACUGAAGUAAUCAAACCUGUUCAUUAGAAGGGGGCAUCCCAGUACUUUUGUUAAUAUUGUGUAUGUUUGCAUUUUUUAUAAACGAUUUGCACUGAAUUUUAUUUACAAAAAUAUGAAUUGAAAAUGUUAGUAUGUUGGUACAUUAAUGAAAUACAUAACUUGAAAGAAAAGUGUCAUGCUUUGUUACUGUUAGAUGCUGCACUUUUAAGGACAUUAGUGCCUAAUCAACAUUAAUGCUUCUAAAAAGUAUGACAAACUUGGUGGUCUAGAGCCAUGGUUCUUAACGUUAUUCCUGGAGGCCCAAUACCCUGCACAUUUUGUAUGUC